AUGAAGAACUUCACGGAAACUGCCCUCCAUGUUUACUUUGAUGGUAAUCUCAGGAUUUACAACUGUGAUGCUUGCUGCAGUCGUUGGUAUUUCACUUUCAAUGGCGCCGAGUGUAGUUCUCCUGGAUCAAUUGAUGGAGCAUUUUAUAUGGCGAAAGGAGCUGGAAAAAACCUUCAUCGUCAUCGCCACAUUGAAGGUCACUGCAAUAACAUUCACAAGGGAAAAGUCCGAGUGGGAUUCUGGGUUGGAAACUGUAAUGGCCGCAAACUUGCUGACGCGUACACAGGCUGGACCACAAUGUCCCGGAUCUUCAUUGAAGAAGUCUCAAGAGCCCAACAGUAA